ACAACAGGAGGGCUGGCAGUCGCGUUUCUCCCCUUUUGUCGUGCAGCAAGAACAGCCGAUUGUCCGUGUUCACCUCUUGUUUCCUCCCUGUUCGAACAAAAUUUGUUCGUUUUCCAGUGUCGAAUUUAUCAGUGAGUGCGUGUUAAUUCAAUUAUAAACAGGAGCCACUUUUAUUUGGUGGUUGCCUAAGACUUGACACUCAAUUGAGAAGACAGGGACAAUGGUUGACUACUACAGAACCCUCGAUGUCUCGCGGACAGCUUCGAGCGGAGAUAUCAAGAAAGCGUACAGAAAAUUGGCCCUCAAAUGGCAUCCAGACAAAAAUCCUGAAAAUUUAGAAGAAUCGACGAAAAGAUUUAAAGAGAUCUCAGAAGCCUAUGAAGUUUUAAUCGACGAACGAAAGAGACGAGUUUACGAUAAGCAUGGAAAGGAAGGUCUUCAAAUGCCAGGUGGCAAGAGACGUCACGAGGACGACUUUGAAGAUGUCUUUGCCAGCACAUUCGUUUUCAGAGAUCCAGAAGAUGUUUUCAGAGAAUUUUUCGGUGGCACACCGUUUGAAGAUCUAUUUGGAGGAUUUGGUGGAAAUAUAUGGGGAGGAGGCAGGCACAGUCAUUCUAGUAACAAUAGCUUAAGCACAUCUUUCUUUUCGCCGUUCGCACCAUUCGAUUUCGGAGGUUUGAUAAGUAACGGAGGUGGAGGAGGUGGAAAUUUCACUUCAUUUAAUUCCAUUAACACCUUUAGUGGACCUAGCACUGGAUCUUCUAUGAAGCGAACCAGCACGUCCACGAGAUUUAUUAACGGAAAGAAGAUCACCACCAAGAAAGUAACUGAGAAUGGAAAGGAGACGAUAAUGUCCUAUGAGAACGAUGUUCUAAAAUCGAAAACAGUGAACGGAGUGCCUCAAUCCAUAACGUACAGCUAAAUUUUUCACUCAUUCGCUCGAGCUUAAAAUAAUCGAUUGAAAAAAUUCCUCUUCUCACACAAUUCUCACACAAUUUACUCCAAAAAAACAAAAAUGAUUAAAAAAAAACGGAAAAAAAAACAAAAUUUUUUCGCAAAACCGACAAUGUCACUACUUUUAUCAAUGUUCAAUCCACAUUUUGACGAUCAACACGUUUUUUUAUAAGGCUCGUCAUCACGGUAAAAGAAUCACCGUUUAGCCAUUAAACGUUGUUUUAGAAAAAAAUGAUUUCAUAAAAAUGAUUUCAAUAAAAAUGAAUAAAAAAAAAUCUCCAAAAAAAAUUAAAAUAAAACUUGAUGAAAGCCUUGCAUCGCUGGUCGACGUAAUGCUCUUGACUGCACUUUCGUCUAAUCCUUCACACUAAACUAAUGACUGUGAUAAGGCGAACAGUUCGAGCGAGCGGAUACUAAAUCUGAAAGUUACUAAUGAAAAAAAAGUCUCCUAUUGUCAUCAAUCUUUCGUCUUUUUUUUUUAUACAUAUAUAGAUAUCAAAAGUUGAAAAACAAAUGUCGACAAUUUAUCACGCAAAUACAUAACGAUUCUUCUGAAAAAAACAAAUUCUUCACGUAAACAAAUAAAAAAAUCAAAUUUGAUUUUUUUUCAAUAAAAAAAAAAAUUGAUUUUAAUUAUUAAAAUUAAAAAAAAAAUGGUGAAUAUAAUUAUAAUUGAUGAAUUGUAUUCACUGGUGAUAGUUUAGUUUAAAUUAUUAACUAGGGUGUUUUUGUAAAAUAAUUGUGUAAAAAGAAAAAAAUUACACCUCGUGAAGUAAUCAUUAUGAAUUUUUGGUGAUCUUGAUUUAUAAAAAAAAACAACUUCAACGAUUAAUUGUGUCGUCGUUUUUUGUCAACUGAGAGAAAAGCAAUUAGUAAUUAAGCGAUACAGAAUUCAUAUCCAUUUUAAAAUAUCACGUUCCAGUGAAAACGAAAUCUCUUAUACAGAAGUAAUAUUUUCAACACGUCCGCAUUUUUUUAGAAGUUUUUAAUAUUUAUCUUUUGGAUUUGUUCAUUUUUUUUUUUUUUAAUGAAAUGAAUAAUAUUACUUCUUGUAAGAGAGAAAAAGAAAGAAUUGUCUCUGUAAAUGUAAGAAUUUUCUCCCUCCCCCGUCAUCAUAUAUAUAAACGUACAUCUUACACUUUAAGUGUUUACUGAACGUCGUAAAAUUAAGUGUAAUGAUUGUCAAAUUAAAUUAUUCCUAGUAACAAUGAAACAUUCAACACUAUAAUUGAAAAUGACUUUGUGAAUCAGAUGGCUCAUUUUCUUAAGAGCAAAUUAAGUAUUUUCUCAAUAGGUUCCAUCUUUUUAGCGUACACUUAAGUUUAUCUUAUUUUACCCUUUCAUUUUAAGUAUAAUUAUUAAUCGCGUAUGUGUAUAUAAUGAUAAAAAAAAAAUCAAGUGUUAAGCUUCAAAAACAAAAAUACAUUAUUAUGAUUCA